AUGUCUGAUACUACUGUUGUUCAAUUUUCUCCACCAACAACAGCAUCUAUUCAUUCAAUAUCACCCUAUCAUGCAAAUGAUUAUGAAAUCAAGACUGAUACUAAUAAUGAUUUACCAUUUCUAUCAAAGAAAAAACUCAUUCAAUUUAAACCAACACAUCAUGAUAUAUUUCAUUCAACAAAUUUUACUGGUCCUUCAUUUAAACAAAUUAUUUUCUUUUUCAUUAUGUUUGUCGUAUUAACAUCAUUAUGCUCAUAUUUAUACAAGGAUUCAUUAAUUAAUGUUUUACUUAUUCUUGAAACAUUACCAUGGUGGUGGACAUCAUUGUUUUUUUGUGUUUUAUUCGCACUUGUUUCGUUACCAUUUGCUUGGGGUUACAUUUUAUUAAAUAUUGCUUGCGGUUUUUUAUAUGGAUUUAUUUAUGGUGUGAUAUUUAUAAUAAUCUAUGCUGGCAUUGGUUUAUCUGUAUCAUUUUAUGUUUGUCGUUUUAUAUUAACACAUAAUUAUUGUGUGAUUAAAAAUCUCAAAGCAACUUUUGAAAAUAGUGAAAUUAUUCAAACGAUAAUUAAGGUUCUUAACAGUGCAGAUGGUUAUAAAAUUAUUUUUCUUAGUAGACUCACCCCGAUUCCUCUUGGUUUACAAAAUGGCUUUUAUUCAAUUAGUAAUAUCCCGUUUCGCAUUUAUCUCUUCUGGUCGUUAUGUGGUUUAAUCCCAACUCAACUUAUUUAUUGUUCACUUGGUUCUCGUUUGCAUUCAAUGACAGAUCUAAUUUUAAUUGAUAAACGCACAAAAACUGUUGGUAUUGUUGUUGGAUUAUGCGAAUGUUUCAUGACAAUCAUUUUGACUUAUUAUGUAUUUCAUACAGCUAAAAAAGUACUUAAUAAGUUAUUACUUGAAACAUCAGGAUCAAAUGAAAGUUUAAUGGUUAAUAAAGAAUAA